UGCUCACAAAAUGAUGGAAAUGAGAUUUAGCGUUUCCAUUUUACAUGAUUUACGACGCAAUUUAUUCGGAUUCUCGCUCGAAUAAAAGUCUUCGAAUUCAAAGCAAGUGUUCAAAAGGAUAUCAAGUUCUAUCUAGAAGGUGAAUCAUAACGUCAUUACAAUGGCCUUUUCAUCGAGUCAACAAGAUCUAGAACUCCUGGAAAAUGACUCCGAGCCACAUGAUCAUUCAAAGACUCUAUCCUCUGGGGUAUACACAACUAACGCCUUUGCCCGACUGAAAACAUUACGAGAGAGUGCAUCAUUUUGCGAUCUUGUCCUGAAAGCUGACGACGUGACUCUGAAUGUCCACAAAGCCGUCAUGGUUGCUUGUAGCGAAUAUUUUCGUACAAUGUUCAUGAGUAACUUCAUGGAGAGUAAGCAAGAUAUGGUUGAAUUAAAAGGGAUCAGCGGAACUGGUUUACGUGCUAUGGUGUCCUUUGCCUACAGUGGCGAUUUAGAACUCGAUCAGCAAAAUGUGUCAGAUGUCCUCAGCGCUGCAUCCCACUUUCAAAGUGUAGAAGCGAUUCAGUUGUGCGCCGAGUAUUUCCGACAGUGCAUCACAACCGAAAACUGCAAAGACAUCCUGAACUUGGCGGAAUUGUAUUCUUUGGAGCCUGUUAAAGAUUUGGCGAUGAAAUUUAUGUUACAAAGCUUCGAGAGUCUGGCAGAAUGCGAUCAGUAUUAUAAACUGAGUCACGUAGAGUUAGCUCAACUCGUGGAGAGUAAUAGUUUGAGGGUGUCGUCUGAGUAUCGUCUAUUUGAACAUGUGAUGAAGUGGAUCAACUAUGACCGAGAAAGUCGUAAACAGUACGCCCCGCAGCUGAUAAAUCGUGUCCGUCUGGCGCUGAUUCCGUCGCAGCAGCUUGUUGAAAAGGUCAGCUCGAUUGAUCUCAUGAAUGAAAAUCCUGAGUGUAAUAGCCUCUUGAUUGCUGCGAAAGACUAUCAGCUAUUGAGCCACCAGCAACCCUUGAUGCAGUGCCGGACAACGUCGGUACGAGCUGCUGAGGCUACGUUCCUGUGCCUUGACCGUCGCCAUCUGAAGGGCAUGUCUGUCAAUGGUGACAAGACUGUCACUUUACAAGACUGUCCGUCGCAGGUUUUUAGGCCGUGCAUGAUUGAUAUGAAGAACUUUCUGUACGUUUUAGGUGGGAGAAUGGGAGAACACGCCUCAAAGGCCACGCCAUAUUGUUUCCGAUACGAUCCACGUUUUAACACUUGGAUGCAGUUGCCUAACAUGUUGCAUUCCCGUGCUGAUUUCUGUGUUGUGGUCAAGGACAGUCACAUCUACUGUAUUGGCGGUAUUGACGAAGGAAGGGUCUCCAGGUACGUUGAGCGGUACAGCUUAGUUGAGAAUAGUUGGGAAGCUAGGGCAGAUCUCCCAGAACCCAGACAUUGCCUUGCUGCUGGUGCUCACCCAAACAGUGAAAAGAUCUAUGCCUGUGGCGGCAUACAGCCAAAUGGAACUCUUAGCUCAAUUGUGUAUGGCUACUCUCCACAGCAAGACACCUGGGAGACAAUCACGCAAAUGCCAGUGCCACGGGCAAAUCACGCAAUCCAUGUUCAUGAGAAUGGGUUUCAGGUGUUUGGCGGCUUGCGUGUUAUUGCACCGCAUAAAUUCGACAGUUACUUAUACAGCAGUAAGUUGUGGUCGCGCAGUCGGUGGCCCUACCCAGGCACGAUCAUUGGACCUUUCACCUAUGACAACAAGUUCUUUUUCAUUCGAAAAACAACCAAUGAGUCUGAGAUACUGUUCGAGAUGACGGAGCAAGUGUCGCUGAUCACCAUGGUGCGGAAAGAUGGAAAGUAUCAGCGGAGCGAGCAUCGUUAUCAGCAAGAGUUCACCAGCAACACAUCCUUUGGAAUGCUAGUGGUCCCUACCUCGGCAAGGAGAAUCCCAAAUGCCUUGCCUGGAGCUGCCUAUAUGUAUGAAUAGGAGUUACCGACACAUAACCUGUCUCAAAGUCUGAGGGUUAAAACUGGCCAUCUGUGUGUUAAUGUUUAUCCCAUGUCAAGGACAGUUCUUGCCACAGACACCUGCAAAAACAACCUAAAACAAGAUACUUUUGUUGCCUGGGACUUAUGUAGCCGAUGUAACAAAAAUAUUUCGUUUAUGGGGUACUUCAAGUGAAUUUACCCCAGAGCAGCUUGUUCAAAGAACAGUGUGCUUAUUGUGAUCUUUUUCUGUAUAAGUUGCUAUGAGUUGAUGACUGAGAUUCAAACCACAGAUCUGAAUGUUGGAGCAGUGGUCUGGCAAUCCAAAAAUCUCUUUCUGUGGUUUGAAUCCAAGUCAAGGCAAUUUGAUUUUUCUGUACUUAUUUCAUUUAGUGUCUUUUCUAGAUAGUUUGGCUUAUAGAUGUGUGUAUGUGCUUGUUGUAGAACCUAACACAUGCAAGUGUGCAUCAACAAAAAUGUCUCUGUAGCUUUCACAAUGUUAUAGAUUACAGCACUGGAUCUGGUUCUCUAUCUCAUUCUGUACAAGUGCAGAUACCAACAUGUACAAUUGUAGAACAGCUCCUGACAGAGUUUGCAGUAUGUCUUGACUAUCCAUCCACUCAUAGCAGGCAUUUGGUUCCUUUCUGAAUUACACUCCCAAAUCACAAACCCCUACAGAAAUUCGACCUCAUGCCCAAGGUCUCAGCCUAUGAUGAGAACAUGCCCAAUUCAUACUGCCAAUGAAAAUCAUACUAGUUUGCAGCCUAGCACAUGUAUACGACUUGCUGUACCUAAAUGCACCUUGUAAAGGUAGUCCUAAUUUGUUCAAGUUGAUAAAUAAAUGUUUCUAUGAGAA